AUGAACAAUCACAACAUAUUCCAGAUCGCUGCUCCUCCAGCUGCACCCCCAACCACCCCUCCAAACCCUGUCAAAAGGGGCCGAGGGCGACCAAAAGGUCGCAAAAAUAACAUCAAAUAUGAUGAGAAUGGGGUCUUGGUGCCAAAGAAGUUGAGAAGGGCUCCAGAUGAGCCCUACAUCAAGCCUGAGGAUGCCGGGAAGAGGAAACGCCCAGCAUCACUGUCCUCUGAUGCUGGCCCUCCAGCGAAAAAGGAGAAGAUUUCUGUGCCUAAGGCGCAGUCCUACGCAGCAGGGCCUUCGGGCCAAAAUGCAUUUACUUAUUGGGCGGCGCCGCCUGUGAACAACCCCGUCCCCCCCAGCUUAUACAACGCUGGCACGAAUACAAGUGCUGUGGGCUUGGACCCCUCCUGGGGCCCUUACGAUACACCCCUCGUGGACGACGCGUGGGCUGCAGCACCACUGGCAAACGCACAGCAGGCGGAGGUUGUUCCAAACGAACAGCCAUGGACUUUCCCGGUCGAAGACGCUGGGGUUUUAGAUUGGCUAAACCAGUUUGUCAAUUUUGACUGGAUCAACGAGUAA